AUGGGAGCAAAAUCACGUGAUGGAAUUGUCAUGGUGGUGUAUCCAAAACUUUUUGCAAGUGCAUACGCAACAAUUCGUGUCUUGCGCACUGUACUCAAGUGUCAGUUGCCAAUUGAGAUUUGGUUUCGUUCGGACGAGAUAAAAAAGACCAAUGGUACGAGUUUAGAACCUUUGAAACAUCUUGCUGCUACAGAAAAUAAUAUCACAUUUCAAGAGAUUCACGAUUCGCGAGCGACGGGGUUUGUAACUAAAAUUCAUGCCAUAUACCACACGAAAUUUGAUCGAGUGCUUUUCUUGGAUGCUGACAAUGUCCCUGUUCGUGAUCCGAGUUUUUUAUUUGAGUCGACCGAGUUCUUAAAAACUGGUGCGAUUUUCUGGCCGGAUUUUUGGAAUCCAGAUCACUCGAUCUUUGGCAUUUACGAAAACUCCUUGUUGUGGGAGCUCUUAGAUAUGCCAUUUAUUGACAUGUUUGAGCAGGAGAGCGGACAACUCGUGAUCGACCGCAGACGACACGCUGUUCCACUGGAGCUCGUUCGAUUCUAUGCGCUAAAUCGUCCGAAUUUCUUUACGUCGCUAAAACUUGUGUGGGGUGAUAAAGAUUUGUUUCGUUUAGCGUGGCUGAAGCUCAAUGUUCCAUUUACAAUGAUCCAGACUCCUCCUGGCAUGGCUGGAAUUAUCUCUGAUGGUUUUUUUCGCUCCGAUUUUUGUGGUAUGACAAUGGUUCAGCAUGAUGCGAACGGAGAGAUACUCUUUAUGCACCGAAAUCAACAAAAACUUUCGGGAAAAAUUGUUGACCGAGUUGAGGACGCUCGUACGCGCAAAACGACUAUUGACGCCGUCGAUGUUACCCCAGAUACUGUUGAGAAGUAUGCAGAUUCAGCAAUUUGGGCCCAUGUCCUGGAAUUUCACAAGGAAUAUAGCCGAAGAUACUACUAUGUCGACAUGUUUCGAGUAGACUUUGACUUUGAGGCAAACCAGCGGUGUUUUGGCCAACGAGCUGUGUACCGAAAUCCGUAUUUUUACAUUCAAGAAAUCGCUGCAUUGAAUUUCUCACGUUUAGAGUCACAGUUGCGGCACUUUGCUUUGGAAUCAAUGCAGCUUUUUUCUUCCAAAAAUCAAACGUUUGAGGGGAAACGAGGAAUAGAAGCUCAGCAUACCUCGAGAACUUCCAAAUAG